UAUUUAGUGUGUUGUAACCUAAAGGAGAUUUAGUGGUUAGUAACCUAACGUGCGUACGUACGGAUAGCAAAUAAUAAAAUAUUCCACUAGAGGUCGCUGUUUAUUUUCUACCGGAUAAUUAAUAGAUUUUGCGACAAACAUCAUGAAUGAAGAAAGGACAGCGGCCAAAGAACUUGACCAGUGGAUAGAACAACUGAAUGAGUGCAAACAACUCUCAGAAAAUCAAGUGAAAACUCUCUGUGAAAAGGCUAAAGAAAUAUUAUCCAAAGAAUCUAAUGUACAAGAAGUAAAAUGCCCUGUAACAGUGAGCGGAGACGUGCAUGGUCAGUUCCAUGAUCUAAUGGAGUUAUUCAAAAUAGGUGGAAAUUCACCAGACACAAACUACCUGUUCAUGGGAGAUUAUGUAGAUAGAGGUUAUUACUCAGUUGAAACUGUAACACUUCUAGUAGCACUUAAAGUAAGAUUCAAGGAUAGAAUAACAAUUUUAAGAGGAAACCAUGAAAGUAGGCAGAUUACACAAGUGUACGGAUUUUAUGAUGAAUGUUUACGGAAAUAUGGCAAUGCUAAUGUAUGGAAAUAUUUCACAGAUCUGUUUGAUUAUUUACCACUGACAGCCCUAGUAGAUGGACAAAUUUUCUGUUUACAUGGAGGCUUAUCACCAUCUAUAGACACAUUAGAUCAUAUCAGAGCUCUAGAUAGAAUACAAGAAGUUCCACAUGAGGGUCCAAUGUGUGAUCUUCUUUGGUCCGAUCCAGAUGACAGAGGUGGCUGGGGUAUCUCCCCUCGAGGUGCAGGUUAUACAUUUGGUCAGGAUAUCUCAGAAACAUUCAACCACAGCAAUGGUCUAACACUAGUGUCGCGAGCCCAUCAGCUAGUCAUGGAGGGCUACAAUUGGUGUCAUGAUCGUAAUGUUGUCACUAUAUUCAGUGCCCCAAACUACUGUUACAGAUGUGGAAAUCAAGCAGCCAUUAUGGAACUAGACGAUGCCCUUAAAUAUUCAUUCUUACAGUUUGAUCCAGCGCCAAGACGAGGUGAACCACAUGUUACACGCAGGACACCAGAUUACUUCCUGUAACGUCUGUCAUACAGUAUAGAGACAAUGAUAAAAAUUGAACAACAUUGAUAUGUACUUGACAUUAUACAAAAAUAUAUUAAUUAUGUCAGUUUUUGUAUCUUUCUCCAGAGUAAAUGCAAGGCUUACUGUUUUGAUACACAUGUUUAGUUAGCUUUUGCAUGGAGUGGAACUGACAUUUUGUUAUUUUUAACAUAAUUUUCUACAGUCUUUGGCCAGACCUUUUUCUGGAAAUGAAGAUUGAAGAAUAUUGUAACUUACAGAGCUGUCAAAAGCAAAUAGUGUGAACUUCUUACUCAUAGGUGAUUUUUUUUUUGGUGGGUGGGGGAGGGGAAAGGGGUUAUGUUCUUUAUAGUGUUCUGUAGUUAAAGGCAUUAUAAAGAUUUUAUAUUACAAUAUUAAAAAAAAAAAGAAGAAAUUCUUAGUUCUUGAAAUGUAACUUAAUGCAUUGGCAGCAGUUUUCACAGCAUUAAGCUUAUUUUGUAACUUUACAGGCAAAUUAAAAUAAACAUUCAAACUGACAAGUCUAAACUUGGGGCUUUUAAUAUGAAACUUCCAGAUUUGAUGGAAAUCUUUACUUCUGAUGCUUUUUGUUGCUACAGCCUUCCAAGUAAGGUAAAUGUAUUGCGUUUGACAAUUGUUUUUAUUGUAAGUGAGUUGUAUAUUCGCAGUAACAUUUAGCUUGAAGUUUUAUGCGAAAUUGCAGAAAGAGAAGAUCACAAGUUUAUCAUUUUGCAGUCGUCAUGCAGAAUAAAAGUUUUAUUUUCACUGGUAAAUCAAAGAAUAUUGCCUGUCGGGUGUACAUGGGAUAACCAGAGGAGGAAUACUGUGUCCGUCAAAAAGCAAUAUAUGUGUACACACUAUAACAUAGUCAAGGUCUUUAUGCAUAAUGUAUGAAAUGUUUAUUAUUGUGUUAUUGAUGUUAUUUAGAUACAUUUCUCAUACAUCUGUUGAAACUUGCUGCAAGAACAAGCUAUCUGAAACUUGCUGCAAGAACAAUCUAUCUGCAAAGCAAGAUGUAAUACAAGAUAGGUUGCUAUUGCAUCAAGACAGCAAAUCUUCAUUUCAUGGUUACCAUGGUCAGAGAAUGAAUGCCUGUAAAUUUUUAUUGACACUAUUUAACCUUUACCCUGCUAAAUUUUUAAAAUGGACUGGUCCAUCAUUCAAUUUGGGCAAUACUAUUUAUUAUUUGAAGGGGUGUUCACUGAAAAUUUACUAACUGAACAGUGCAGACCAUCUGAUUUUGGUCUGCACUGGUCGCAAAGGCAGAAUUACUUGCCAACAGCAGGCUAAAGGUUAAUAUGGAAAUCAAAUAUGAAUAUUUAUAUACCGGGAAUGGGCUUGCACAGGUUUUGUGUAUGAGAUGAACAUGAAAAGGUCGAUAUUUGUCAUUUGAAGUGUCAUUCUAGAAUUAGCAGUUUUACUAAAAACAAAAUGUAGUACUGUACUACAAUCUUGUGACAUGUAUGAGAUUACAUUAACACACAUGAAAAUGUAUUGACUUCAGUGUAUGUAAGUAUACCAUAAACAUUUAGGAGGAUUUGUUCAGUUUGAUUUUAGAAUGCUCUUAUUUUUAUGUACUAAGCUUUCAGUUUCAAAUUAAAAAGAUACUUUUUAAGUUUUGAUUGAUAUUACUUCAGGAAACGUCCGCCCGCUUAGCUCAGUAGGUUAGAGCGUUGGUCUACGGAUCUCGGGGUCGUGAGUUCGAUCCUCGGGCGGGGCGUAUGUUCUCCGUGACUAUUUGAUAAACGACAUUGUGUCUGACAUCAUUAGUCCUCCACCUCUGAUUCAUGUGGGGAAGUUGGCAGUUACUUGCGGAGAACAGGUUUGUACUGGUACAGAAUCCAGGAACACUGGUUAGGUUAACUGCCCGCCGUUAUAUAACUGAAAUACUGUUGAAAAAUGGCGUUAAACCCAAAACAAACAAACAAACAAAUACUUCAGGAAACUUUAGUCUUACUAAAACUUUUAGAGUAAUAAAAUGCAGUGUAACUUGCUCUAUCAGACAUGAAGUAAGAAUGGAUAUCAUGUAUAAAACUGGGUAGUCCAGUAAUAAAAAUAAUGAUUCGGUAAAAUUCUGGUUGUGAGGAAAUUCAACUCCUGAUACUAGGCAUAAAAAAAAUUAUGCUUCAUUCUUUGACUCUGCAGUUUUCAACACCAUUGUUUAAUGAAAGGGAUCAGUGUAUGGUGCAUUCCCUUUAAUAUAUCAUGCAUAUUUAUGUUUUGUCUAUUGUAUUGUUGUUCUUACCAAAAUGUUGUCAUUUUGUAACACUUACUGAUAAAAUUUUGGCUUAGAAAUAACAGUAUGCUAGAUGUAACUGAAGCAAUAAUGUGAGAAGUCAAAAUUCAAGGAGUAAUGAAGGUAUGGCAGUUACAGUAUCCAAUUAAUAAAUUAAUGAAAUGAAAACACCAGAAUGCCAAGUAAACAUUGAUAUAUUAUAUCUUCAGCUAUGUUAAAGGCAUAUGUUCCAGUAAGAAAUAUUUUACUGGUACUCAUCACUUAUUGAAUAAUGAAUUAGAAAAUUUAAUUUUGCUUGUUAUUUUAUUGGUCAGUAGAAAUUUUCAGUCAUUUCUAUUUUCUGCAUCUUCGUUCUUUCUUGUGGUUUUAGGAUAAUGAUAGAGGUCUUUGGCAUUAGUUUUCAUAUUGUUUUGUAAAAAUCUUUUUCAAUUUUGUAUGUUAUAAUGUUCUAAUGUAUGUAUGAACAUUAGUAGAAAAUGAAUUUGUUGAAAGAGUUCAGAGCCAGAUUGGUUGUAAAUGCCUGAUUGUUUGCUAAUGUCAUAUUUUCAGGCUAGGUCUUGUAAAGAAGUUAUAUUUCUAGAGGUUCUGGCUCAAGUUCCUGACUAUUUAUGACAUUUCAUUUUGUAAAGCAUUAUUUAAUACUCUAUAGAAGUGCUAUAAAUAGUAUUUCCUCUGUCAGAGCUCUAUGUGAGUCUGUUUUCCCAUUUUUUACCUAAGUACAGAAAAUUUUAACUUUUCCCCAGGAGUCUUUAUAAACUCAUUUUUGUCAGCGUUAUACGUUUUUGCACUCAUUAUUUUUGUGGAGUGCUAGCUAUUUUUAGGUUCUGUGUUGUCAUUGAUAAUCUGGAGAUAAAUUUCUUUUCCUAGUAUAUUCAAAAGUAAAAAAAAAAUGUCUGUUGCAAUAACAGUAUUCUGUAUUGUGCCUGAUAAAGUGGUUAAAAUGUUUGAAUUCAUAAAAAAAACACAUUCACAAAGUAUAUACACAAGUGCAUAUAAGGUAACACAACAUCACAAAUAUGUUAUUAUUUAUUGACAUUAAUCUGAUACUGUUCAUAAACAUAGAAUGCUGUCACUCCUUUGAAAUGUGUAUGUACUCUCAUGUGAUUUUUCUUAUGAUUUUUACUUUGUUUUCAUUGAUUUAACUAAUAAUCUGUUAAAAUGAGUGCAAGUAUUCCUAUCUUGUUUGAAAUGUGGCAUUAUGCUGGGAAUAUGAAGAUAACUGUCAAUGUUAGUUUUAUGAACACACUGUAGAGUAAUAAAAUUGUGAUAGGAAAAUA